GAGACGAUGCCCUCUUCUUCUCUGGUUUUGCCCCAGCGCUGCUUCUCACCUCUGGUUGGAGCCCGCUUCUCUCUUCUCUGUCUUUUGCCCCGAAGCACACGCAGUCUGCUUCUCUUCAAGCCGACGAAAGCUCCCAUUUCAGCCCGCUUCUUCGUUAGGAUGUCAUCGUCAGCUUCUUCAUGGACUUCGGCGAACAACCCAAUGUGCACCUGUGGGAAGCCCGCAAAACUUAGAAUAUCGAAUACGCCAAGAAAUCUGGGCCGAUCAUUUUGUGGGUGUCCAAACUACAAUACGAAGGAUUACCACACUGUAGCAAUUUCAAAUGGGCAAAUCGCAGUGAGGAAAGAGAAAAAGAUCUUAUGAAGAUAGAAAUUGAGUUGUUAAGGAAUGAGGAUGAGUUUCGAAGAAGAGAUGAAGAGAUUGUGAAGUAUAAGUUAGGAAUCCAUAACGACCAACUUGAUAUUCAAAGGCAACAAGCAAAGAUCCGGCGUGAACGCACACUACUUAAAAUCUCUUGGUUUAUUUUUAUA